AUGAACGGCAACCAUGGCGAGCCGGGCACAGAAAGGGAGAACCGCUCCAGCGCGGACGAAGCGCCGAAGGGAGACGCCUUCUUCGACCCCAGCGCAGAGCAGUACCUAGUCAUCUCCCCCAGACAGAAGCUAAACCCAGUCUUAAAAAAAAUAAACAGAGUAAGAUACAAAUUUAGUAACAUCAUCCCGGAUUUUUUAAUCGGCAAGAAUAACGCCUGCUUGUUCAUUUCGAUGAAGUACCACAGACUGAGGUCGAAUUAUUUAAAGGCGCGAAUUGAAACGCUGUCCAAUAAGUAUAGUAACCGCAUCCUGCUGUGCCUGGUGGAUAUAGAAAAUAUAGAAAAUUCCCUGGGGGAGAUAAACCAGCUAGCUUUUUGUUUCAACAUGACGUUAAUAUUAUGUUGGAGUACCGAAGAAUGUGCGCGGGUGAUUGAAGACUUUAAAAUUUACGAGAAGAAAAUUUCCUACAUAAGGAAUAACAAACUGACGUCCACGCAUGCGGAGAAGAUUCACGAACUUUUGAAAAAAAUCAGGUGCAUCAACUCCUCCGACUGUGCGACCAUCACCAACAAGUUCAAAAGUUUUAAAAAUAUUGUCACGGCUAAGAAGGACGACCUCAUCAAUUGCUCUGGUUUGGGCAAUAAGAAAAUACAGGCGCUCAUCUCUGCUUUCAACGACCCCUUUUUUUAGGGGCGCGCGCGUAUGUAUGUACCUACAUACGUAGUAUGUGUGUACGUACGUGUGAGUUGGGUGUGUUCCAGCUGAGGGGCACCCUCCUGCGUGCACACACUAAAGAGAUCUGCCAGUGCGUCGCCAACGCAUGUGAACCGGAAGAACGACGCAGAAUAGCGCAGAACGGCCCGUUUAACCGACUCCACUGUUUUGCAAAUUUAACGCCC